AUGAAUUCAAACGCUCAAGAUCCAAACGAAGAAAUAUUCAAGGAAUCAAGCACGCCAGUCACGUCACCACCCACAGACCCAGUGGAACCGAGUUCUUCAACGGCUUCAUUACAGAUGGAUAGCCCACAAAGUGGAUGCGUAAAAAUGGCCGCAGCAAAUUACAAUAUUCCUCCUCCGGCUAAGUUUGAUCCCAAAACAGACGAUUGGGACCACUGGAUAAAGUGCUAUGAGUUAUUUAAAGCAGCUACGGAACGUGAUGGGCUGUCAGAUAAAGUGCUCAUUAAUACGCUUAUUUACGUAAUGGGAAAUAAUGCCGCCGACAUCUAUGAUAGUUUCAAACUGUCAGGUGAAGAUAUCCAGUACACGAAUGUCAAACAAAAAUUCAAAGAUCAUUUUAAAGGAAAAGUUGCUUUAGUCUUCGAGAGAACACAGUUCGUAAGACACUUUCAGCAAGACAAAGAAUCUGUCCUCACCCUCAUUGAAGAUCUUCAGAGGAGAGCCGACCUCUGGUCUUUUGGGGACCUUCGUGACCAAAUGGUGCACACUCAAAUAAUUGCUGGUUUGCGUGAUUCUCAUCUCAGGUGUCGAUUGAUGGCGAAUGACAAUUUAACUCUGGAUCAGGUAAUUAAAGAGGUUAAAUCUGCCGAAAUCACUAAACAUCAAGAUCAAAUUUUUCAAAACCCCUCAAGUGCCGCUGAUAUAUCGGCAAUACAUGACAGGAAAGUUCCAGAAAACAGACGUCAAAGUCCAAAACCCAAGCAUUAUGGAGUUUCUUCGAAAGCAAAGAAAAAAUCGUGUUACAGAUGUGGAGCUCAGCCAGGUCACCCUCCUCAGCGUUGCCCAGCCAAAGAUGCUACCUCCAAUGCAUGCAACAAAAAGGGUCAUUAUUCCAAGGUCUGCAAAUCCUCAAAACAAGUCCAUAGAGUUAAUGAUGAUUCGGAAGAAGAUGAUAUCUCUGUAAUGACCGUCAACGAAGUCGUCAACACAAUCGAAACAUCGGAGAAAUGGCGUACAAAUCUAUCGAUAGGAAACUCCGAAGUAAAUUUCAAGAUUGUUACCGGCGCGGAUGUCACAGUUAUUCCUAAACAAGUCUUUCGCAAAUGCGACUUAGGAAAACUACAUUACAGCUCCAAAAGACUCUUUGGAGCGGAUCACAAGGGUCUCUAUGUAAUAGGGACAAUUUGUGACACUUUAUCCCUGGGAGAAAAGAGCGUGACCGAAGAUAUUUAUGUUAUUAAAGGCCUAAAAGAGCCUCUUCUGGGGCAGCCAGCGAUUCAAAAGUUAAAUCUAUUGGCUUGA